AUUAUUUUUUACAACCUUCUUCCAAAUUUCAAGGUCAGGGUCAACGUGAUGCUUUCGGAUCACGGGACAGUAGGUAGAACAAUUAGGAACUUUGAUUAAGGUAGGUUCUGCGACAAUAACAUCUCAUCGAGUCGGAAUUCUGAAAGCGAAAAUGGAAAGAAAUUCUGCUAGAUGGUCUCCAUCCUGAAACCCCACUUACUAUUUGCCUCAAGGAAGGGUACUGUCUUCUUCACUUGUCUGCAAUUCUCCCUUCAGCACAGUCUUCAAAUGGCUCGAUCUGCACUGGAAGAGACAUCAGAAAUUGGUGCUUUCAGAAGAAGCUCUUCGACAUUUCGUAAUUAUAUUUCUCGAGACCCAAAUUCUCCUUUUCCAGUGGAAUCUGGAAGAUAUCAUUUGUAUAUAUCAUAUGCUUGUCCUUGGGCAUCCAGAUGUCUUGCAUACUUGAAGAUCAAAGGGCUUGAGAAGUCCAUCAGUUUCACGGUAGUCAAACCCAUAUGGGAAAGAACAAAGGAAAGUGAUGAGCAUAUGGGUUGGGUCUUUCCAGCUUCGGAUACAGAGGAGCCAGGAGCUCAACCGGACCAUUUGAAUGGAGCAAAAAGUGUGAGAGAACUUUAUGAGAUUGCAAGUGCGAGCUACUGCGGAAAAUGCACAGUUCCUGUUCUAUGGGAUAAGAAACUGAAAACAAUUGUGAAUAAUGAGAGUUCAGAGAUAAUCCGUAUGCUCGGUUCCAAAUUCAAUGAUCUAGCAGAGAAUCCAGCUUUAGACCUUUACCCUCCACACUUGCAAUCCCAAAUUGAUGAUGUCAAUGAAUGGAUCUAUCAUGGAAUCAAUAACGGAGUUUAUAAAUGCGGAUUUGCUAGGAAGCAAGGGCCUUAUGAUGAGGCUGUGAUAAAGCUGUAUGAAGCUUUGGACAAAUGUGAGGAGAUACUCAGCAAGCAGCGAUAUAUAUGUGGGAGUAGCCUGACUGAAGCAGAUAUUCGGUUGUUUGUCACUCUCAUAAGAUUUGAUGAGGUUUAUGCUGUUCACUUCAAGUGCAACAAGAAGUUGCUGCGUGAGUACCCAAAUCUGUUCAAUUACACCAAAGAUGUUUUUCAAGUCCCUGGUAUGAGCAGCACCAUCAACAUGGAACACAUCAGGAAGCAUUAUUAUGGAAGCCAUCCUUCUAUUAACCCUUUUGGGAUCAUCCCUCAUGGUCCAAAUAUUGACUUUUCUUCUCCUCAUGACAGAGACAGGUUUUAGCUCUGCAGGAAUGUUGUAUUCUCAAGUGCAAGGCUCAAAAUGGACCUUUGACAGAAAGAAGAGUAUAUGUGUCUCGUGUAAUAAUGCUCUUCUGGUACCAAUACUUAGUCAUUUAAAUAUUUGCAAAUGUGAGACACAAGAACUUUUAAUAGCAAUAUAUGGAUGUUUUAUUUCA